AUGCCAAAGGUCAUUCUUAUGAACGGUCACAGUGGUAGUGAUACGUCCCUGCAGGAGAUUACCAUGAGUUCCCCUGGAAGCUGGAGGUUCGCCAGACAUCAGCCUGCGAGAGGUCCACGAGACAUCGCUCCGUGCGACCAGCUUCCUUCGAGAGAUCGCAUCAGCGAUGUCUCGAACGGUCAGUUAACAGCCGACCGCUCUACCACUGAGCUAGUGAGGAACAACGGACUUAAGGAAGCCGACUCUCUUGUGAUUUAUGCUCCUGUUGACAAGAUAAUUGGUGGCAAACCAUCCAGGGUAAUAGACUUCCUAAUUGCUGACAAUGAGGAAAAAACCCUAAAGUGCACUGUUUGGAAUGAGCAUGUUGUUGUCAUGCUUCCUUUCUAUAAUGCAUAUUUGAAAGAACCACUCAUUGUGGUUCUUCAACUAUGUCGUGCUAAAGUUGUCAAUGGUGAAGUCAGAAUUACAAGUUCAUAUGAUGCAACAAAGCUGCAUUUCAAUUCAUCUUUUGAUGAGUUCAUUGAAUCCAAAUCAAAGUUAUUAUCUGCUAUUCACAGUCCUGUUCGCAGUAUGAGUACUGUCACAGUGCUGUCCCAGUCUACUGGAUUAUCUGAUUUCAGGAGUGGUGCUGUUGUGGUUUCUACUAUUUCUAAUCUGUUACUUCAAAAAGAGGAUGGUGAUUUCUAUGUUGCAGCUGAGAUUCUCGGCAUCGAAGGUUCUGGCCGUUGGUAUUACAUCUUUUGCAUAACAGCAGGUUGUAACAAAAAGUUGAAAAACGAUGAAAAAUAUAUGAUUUGUAAGAAAUGUGAAAAACAAUAUGCACAAGGCACAGUGAGGUAUAAGAUAAUUGUUAGAGUGAUUGAUAAGACAGGUGAUGCUCCCUUCCUAUUAUGGGAUAGAGAAGUUGCUGAAUUAGUAGGAAUCCUAGCAAAAUUGUUGCAUGAAAAGUAUAAAAAGGAGAAUCAAAUUCUAGUGGAGUUGGAGUCACUAAUUGCAUUCACUGUCAUGAAACUCUCAAGGGAUGAGCUAUUGGUUUCUACCUACUGUCAGAAGUUGAAUGAUGACCAGGAAAAAGAUUUAAUGUCUAAGAUGAUAGAAGAUGAUGAAGGAGAAGAUGAAGAAUCAGAAAUGGUAACCUACCUAAGACUGUAA